UGUCUGUUGGUUUCCAAGGGGGAGGCCUCGUCGUGUGAUUGACAACUGUCACAGGCACUCGUGAUGAUUCGGAAGCAGCCCCAGACCACAAACAUGAAGAGUGACGGCCUCAGCAUAGAUAUAAGGGAGCUGCGACAAGAAGAAGCUUCUGAAGUUCGAGACAUGAUCAUGUCCGGACUCUGCCAACAGAAUGCUUCACAUCGCACCGUGUUUAAAGUUCUCCGUAUGCCCGUUGGCUGGCUCUGGGUAGGCUUUCUGGUGGUGAGCUUUUACUCUGUGACUAGCUCCUGGCUUGCAUCGGUUACCCUCGCGGUAUUAACGUGUCUGCCCGCAACGUGGGCACUCCUGUAUGCCAGGUUUAGGAUAAAGAGACACUUUGAACGUCUGGAACUCCAAGAUCUGUACACUUGGUACGGAAGCAGGGCUGGAAGCAAGUUCUGGGUUGCGGUUUUCCGAGGAAAGAUCAUCGGGACCAUUGCUCUACACAGGACGUCGGGCAACGCAGCCAAACUGAAACGCAUGACCGUCCUUCCCAGGUUCCGAGGAAGAGGCGUGGCCACCCGUCUGAUGAAACAUUGUGAGGAAUACUGCGGGACUCAAGGUGUGGAGAGGAUACACCUGAGGACCAGUCAGUUUCAACAGGAUGCCCUAAGGCUGUACCUGAAGUUCGGGUAUACAAUCACAGAGAAAUUCACGUUUUCACGUUUAUGGAGAAAUUGA